UCAAGUUUCAAUAACAUAUUAUCAAAGAGUACUUGCGUCACUCCUGGGAUUUUUAUUGUCCUUCUUUUGGUGCUAUUUACCGUCCUGAUUGAACAAAGACUUUAUUAAAAAUGACUAGCAAAUUUAGUGCAAAAAUAUUUGAAAUGUUUCGAAAUCUUAAAUCCGAUGCGGUACCUCGUCCACCGCGAAACACAACAGAACCAGAAACAGAAGCACAAAAUGAAAAUGUCGAUUACACCAAUCAGGAAGAAAUAUUUGUUGAGCAAGACGAUCGAAAAAAGAAAAAAAAGAAACCAAAGUAUCAAAAAUCUUUCUCAGAACCAUCUCCAGAAAAUAUUGAGUUUGCUGAAGAAGACGACCGACGAAGCAGUAAUGCAAGCAGCAAUGUAAAUACUCAAGCAAGUGGCAAUGUCAUUAAUAUUGUAAACUCCAAAAACGUACGCUGUGGGAAUGAGUUUGUAUACUACAUGGGACCAGUCCAUGGUCACACUGGCAAGUCAAAGACUACAAAAUCUGAAUCUGACGAUGAAGAGCCUAUUGAAAAAACUAAAGACAUCAUAUUACUCAUGGAGACCAAACACCAGGCUGAACAUGAGUAUAUAGAUUACAUAUCCAAGAAUCUGGGUAAAAACUGGCACAGUUUCUUCAGAAGAUUGGGAUACAAACAAGGACAGAUAGAAACAGCUGAAAUUGAUAUGGCAAAACACGGAGUUUCUGAAGCUCGUUAUAAGCUUCUAUUGGAUUGGAUACGGAAUGAUGAUGAUGGGACGCUAGGUCAAUUAGCAAAAAUUUUGUGGGAAGGAGGAGAACGACUAAUUGUCAAAGAGUUGGCGGAAAUGUACAAGAAGGAGAAGUGAUAAAAGAAGUUUAUUCAGUAUACAUUUAUAUAAGUUAAUAGAGAUACAUUAUAUUUUUUAUCUAUAUAAUUAUUUUUAGACAAUAAUACAUUAUGUAAUCAUAUGCAUUACAUGUAUAAUGCAUUUAAACUUUCAUAUUAAAUUUCAAACAUUUUUGACAAUAAUAUUGUAAUUAAUAACAAAUAGUUCAAUCAAAGUGGUUGUUUGUGUUUUUUGUAGGCUGAAGAUUUCAUGACAAAUCUGAUAGUGAUCAGUCGUUUUAAAUUACGAAUUGCAUUUAAAUUUGACAUUAUUUAGAAUUACACAAUAUUUGAUUGAUUUGAUGCGAUAUCAUUGAUCGAGAUGUUAGAUAAAAUCUAUGACAUUCAAUAUGAAUUUUUGAAAAAAAUGCGUUUUGUACGCCGACGAAGCUGUUAUCGGUUUUAAAUUAAAGUGGAUAUACAUAACUAGUUAAGUGGAAUAGUGUUGUAUUAUAUAUAAAGAUAUAUUAAUCAAGAACUGUAAGUAGUGCACAAUAUAGCUGCACUAUUAGCAAAUCGCAUGGAAUACGUUCAUUUAAAUUUUGCUUAUAUUCAUUCCUUAUAUUAGAUUCUUCGAUUAGAAUAGGCCAUAGACAAUGUGCCAAGUUUCGUGAUGAACGCAUAUUCCAAACAGACAUAUCAAGGUCAAUUUUAGAUAUAAGCGAUAGGGCAUUGGUUUUCCAGUUUAAAUUAAAUGCGCUCAAUUAAAUACUAUAGUAAGGAGUUUAUAAUUAAGAUAUUUUAGGUGCUUCUUAUAUUGGAUGUUAAUAUAACUUUAUAAUUGAUAAGUAAACAAUUUAAGGUUAUAUAUUACCUUUUUUGAUAUUGUUUUUAAAUUUAGAACAAAAAAAUAUUCUAUUAGUAAAGUCCUAUUGUGAUAUUAA